GUUCCUCAAGAUUCCAAAUGGCCCCCUCCACUACCGUCCCGACCGUCUCGGACGUUGAAGUCCCCGAGACCCUCCUCAAGAAGCGCAAGCAGAACGGAAAGGCCCGUGAGGAGCGAUUGGCCGCUGCGACUGCCGCGCGCAAGGCUGCCAAGGCCAAGCGCAAGGUCAUCUUCAAGCGCGCGGAGUCCUAUGUUAAGGAGUACCUUGCCUCGGAGAAGGAGGAGAUUCGCCUGAAGCGGGCUGCGCGUGCUGCUGGCGACUUCUACGUCCCUGCUCAGGCGAAGGUUUACUUCGUCAUCCGUAUCCGGGGUAUCAACAACAUCGCCCCCAAGCCCCGUAAAAUCCUCCAGCUUCUCCGUCUUCUUCAGAUCAACAACGGCGUGUUCGUUAAGGUCACGAAGGCGACCGAGCAGAUGCUCCGUCUUGUUGAGCCCUAUGUUGCAUACGGCGAGCCCAACCUGAAGUCAGUCCGUGAGCUCAUCUACAAGCGCGGUUAUGGCAAGGUCGACAAGCAGCGCAUCCCCCUCUCCAACAACGCCGUCAUCGAGGAGACCCUCGGCAAGUACGAUAUCCUCUCCAUUGAAGAUCUCGUGCACGAGAUCUACACCGCCGGUCCCAACUUCAAGCAGGCAUCGAACUUCCUUUGGCCUUUCAAGCUUUCGAACCCCACUGGCGGCUGGAGGACACGGAAGUUCAAGCACUUCGUCCAGGGCGGUGACUUCGGUAACCGGGAGAUCCACAUCAACAAGCUCAUUCGCCAGAUGAACUAAGUUGGUAUUUCCGGGGGUUCGUCUGCGUCGGAGGACCGCGGGCGAGCGUGUAUGAGGGAGUAUGAUUGGCAUGCUUUACCACUACGACGACUACUAGCACCGAUCUUUGUAUGCCAUAAGUUCACCUCAAUCGUCGAAAACUACCUACUGC